AACAUGGCCGCCGCACACUGACUCGUUACUUGGUUAUUGAGAUUUCGAGACACAAAGCAGGAUGUGGAGGGUAUUCCAAUAUCCCGGACAGGAGCGGUACACCAGGGUUGCAGUGUCAGUUCAAAACCAAACGAGGUGUCAAAGCCCCAGAAAUGACGCUUUCAAGUACAUGACAGACACAAAGCAGGAUGUGGAGGCUGUGCCAAUAUCCCCGACCAGUGCGGUACACCAGGGUUGCAGUGUCGGUUCAAAACAAGAUGAGGUGUCAAAACCCCAGAUAAAUGACGCUUUCAAGCACAUCACUGAUGGCGUGCAGGAAGAUGUGGAGGCUGUGCCAAUAUACCCGACCAGUGCGGUACACCAGGGUUGCAGUGUCGGUUCAAAACCAAAUGAGGUGUCAAAGCCCCAGAUAAAUGACGCUUUCAAGCACAUGACUGACACAAAGCAGGAUGUGGAGGCUGUGCCAAUAUCCCCGACCAGUGCGGUACACCAGGGUUGCAGUGUCGGUUCAAAACAAGAUGAGGUGUCAAAGCCCCAGAUAAAUGACGCUUUCAAGCACAUGACUGACACAAAGCAGGAUGUGGAGGCUGUGCCAAUAUCCCCGACCAGUGCGGUACACCAGGGUUGCAGUGUCGGUUCAAAACAAGAUGAGGUGUCAAAGCCCCAGAUAAAUGACGCUUUCAAGCACAUCACUGACACAAAGCAGGAUGUGGAGGCUGUGCCAAUAUCCCCGACCGCAGCUGUACAUCAGGGUUGCAGUGUCGGUUCAAAACAAGAUGAGGUGUCAAAGCCCCAUAUAAAUGACGCUUUCAAGCACAUCACUGAUAAUGGUGUAAACAGUGAGAGUGAGGAUAGCAAUGAUGAAGAGGAAAUUCAUGAAGCAGAUGACUUGACUGAAAAUGCCAUAGAGGAAGAUAUGGAGACUGUGCCAGUAUCCACACUGGGUGCUGUACAGGGUUGUAGUGUCAGAUCUAAUCCGGAUAAGGUGACAGAGCCCAAGAAAAGUGGCAAUAACCGGCCCAAGACUGGAGAAGUAGUGAAGCUUACAGAACAUCAGCACAGGCUACUUAAAACUUUGUUCAAAACAAAUAUAGCAAUGAGAAGGGAACUACAGAAAGAUGAGUGUGAAAAGGUUUCUAGGAAACAUGACGCUCUUCAGAACCUCACCUGGAAAAAAAUUAAGAACACUGUCCAUAAUUGGAUAAUGGCUGAGAAACGGAAAACAAAAAGAUAUUAACAUUCAGAAUGUAAGGCUAAUUUACUGAAAUGGAUCGUCAUUAUGUGACUGAAUUACUGUAAAGGAUAAGCACUAUUAGACUAAUUGUUAAUCAUUAUGUGAUUGAAUUGUUGUAAAGAAUGAGAACUGUAAGGCUAAUUAUCCCCCGCCAUAGGCGGAGGGAUAUUGUUUUGGCGUUGUCCGUUCGUCUGUCCGUCUGGCACUGUUGUGUCCGGAGCCAUACUUUGGAAGUGCUUUGGCGGAUUUCAUUGAAACUUGGUAUGAGUGUAUAUAUGGAUAAGAGGAUGAUGCACGCCAAAUGGCAUUGUACACCAUCUGUUACUAACGGAGUUAUGGCCCUUUGUAUCUUGAAAAAAUGCUUUUUAAUAUAAGCUUAGAGAUUUAUUUCCAUUAACACAUGAGCCAGAGCCACGAAACUUGCCAUGGCUGUUCUCAAUCAUCUGGGGGUGCUUCACAUUCAACACCCAUAAUCCUAGGGGCUAAGGUCAAGGUCACACAUUGAGGUCAAAGGUCACAAAUUUGAUGAAUUCUUCAUUAUUUAGUUAUUCCUUUACUAUGCAUCAAGGUAUUCACAUCAAGGGUCAAGGUUACACAAAUGCUUCAUGUAAGGUUGUACGCUAAACCCCUAAACUGACCAGCAUUUUUCCCAUAAUUAUGUAUACAUCUUUGUACUUAAAAUUACAGGUUAGAGAUUUUGUGCUCCAUCAAGGGAGAGCAUAUAGUCGCUGACUUGUCUGUCCUUCCUUCUCUCAUAAUUAUAUUCCGCCACAGGCGGAGGGAUAUCAAAUUGGUGUUGUCCAUCCGUCCAUCUGUCAGUAUGUUCAUCCGUCUGAUUUGCACCCAUCCUUGAACAAAAUGUAUGUGGCGGGGGAUAUCAAUUCAACGAAUUUGCUUGUUGAUCAUCAGUUUAAGAUUGAUCAUCUGUAAAGGAUAAACAUUGUACGGCUAAUUGAUCAUCAUUAUGUGAUCGUCAUUGAUUAUAUGUACAGUGAUUGAAUUACUGCAGAGUGUGAGCAAUGUUAAGCUAAUUGAUCAUCAAUGAGUACUGUGAGGCUACUUUUAAUCCUCAUUAUGUGACUGAAUUACUGCAGAGGACAGGCACUUUUAUGCUAAUUGAUCGUCAUUGAUUAUAUGUACAGUGAUUGAAUUACUGCAGAGUAUGACCACUAUUGGGCUAAUUGGCCAUCAUUAUAUAAUUGUCGUGUGAUUGGAUUGCUGUAGAGAAUGAGCACUGUUAAGGUGAUUGACCAUCAAUAUAUGACAAAAAUACUAUAGAGAAACAACACUGUCUGGAUAAUUAAUCAUCAUUUAAUGAAAGAAAUACUGUAAAUACUUAUAAAACAGUUCAGUAUGAGCUUAUUUCAUGUAGUAGUAAUUCCUUUUUAGGUGUUCUUUUGUUAUUUCAAACAAGGUUUAACAAUGUUCUAGUUAUUAUUUGAGUAACUUGUUUUUAUUGUUUAAGCAAUUCUGAAAUAGUUUAUUAUAUUUUUAUG